CACGUUGCAGAGACAGAGCAGAGAGACGGAAGAUGUCGUUGAUAAUACCGGAGAAGUUUCAGCAUAUUCAUCGUGUUAUGAAUACGAACAUCGAUGGAAACAGAAAAGUACCAUUCGCACUCACUGCUAUUAAGGGUGUCGGCAGACGUUUUGCAUUUGUUGUUUGCCGAAAGGCUGAUAUUGAUAUUAAUCGACGUGCUGGCGAACUAUCGGAAGAAGAUUUGGAGAAGUUACAGCAAGUGAUGCAAAAUCCCAGUCAGUAUAAAAUCCCGAAUUGGUUUUUGAACAGGCAAAAGGAUAUCAAGGAUGGAAAGUAUUCUCAGGUGCUUUCUACAUCGCUUGAUAAUAAGCUUCGUGAAGAUUUGGAGAGACUGAAGAAAAUCCGUCUGCAUAGAGGACUUCGACACUAUUGGGGACUUCGCGUACGUGGGCAACACACUAAGACAACAGGUAGAAAAGGUCGCACUGUUGGUGUAUCGAAGAAGAAAGGAGGUUAAUAAAAAACCGUGAUUUCUUUUGUCCUAUUUUCACUCAGUAAGGGACUGUUAUCGAGUUGUUUCGAUUUUUGCUUUUUAAUAUUAUUUUGU